AUGCAAGCACGCAAAAUCGCCCUGAGAGGCCGCGUCCGACAUGACAGCCACCCGUUCGUCGCCGAACCCCCCCAUUCCCGCGGCGCGCCGGCCGGCAGCGCACGCGGCCGAUCGACCUUCACCGCGCUCCGCGACCGACGCGUCUCGUCGCACCCCGCUCAGCAUCUCGCGAGGGGCGCGGAAGAGAUAGAGAGGAGGACGCGCGGGGGAAGGAUGAGCAGAGAGGGCAAGAAGAAGUACCUCACCGACGAGGAGCUCUCCGCGGAGUGGCCGUACCUGACGCGCACGCAGGUGAAGGAGUUCAGGGACGCGUUCGCCAUCUUCGACAAGGACGGCGGCGGGUCCAUCACCACGGACGAGCUCGGGGACGUCAUGAAGUCGUUAGGGCAGAAGCCGAGCCACGCGGAGCUGGACGCGAUGGUCAGAGAGAUCGACGCGGACGGGAACGGCGAGAUCGACUUCCCGGAGUUCCUGACGAUGAUGCUGCGCAAGAUGAACGAGGGCAACCCGGAGAAAGAGCUCAUGGACGUGUUCAUGGUGUUCGACAAGGACGGCAGCGGGACGAUCAGCGCGGAGGAGCUGCGAAGCGCGAUGCGCGUCAUCGGCGAGAAGCUCACGGACGACGAGAUCGAGGACGCCAUCAAGCUGGCGGACAGCUCGGGGGACGGAGAGGUGGACUACGACGAGUUCAUCAACUUCGUGUUGAACGACUGA